GGUCUUGACAAUGGGUCUGAACCGGAAGUCAGCUGUCCCUUCACUUUCGCUUUGCAGGAUAAAAAUCCCCCCUCGUCGGUCAUGAAAGUUGAGGUUCCUUUUAGAAGAUUUGCAAUCUUAACUUUCCCGAAACGGGUUUUCUGUGACUAUACACCACGUAGUCCUCUUCCGGGACUCUGGGUGUUUCCCCAAAAGCGUUGUCACUUGCAGUUUGCCGUUUCCAUUCCAACCAUCUUACUGAAGCUGUGAGUCGUCGCGAAGUUGCUUCUAUCAACAAAACAGCAUGUCUCCGUUUGAAGAAUAUGACCUUAGGAUCAACGCUAUCGCGGAGGAUCUGACCAUUGGGGAACGUAAACAGGCAAUUUACCUUUGUGAGAGCUUGAUCACGGACAGCAGCGUGGCUUGCGUCAGGGAGACUUUAAGAGUCAAAGUAAACUUUCACGCAGACCCUCCCCUGUUUAUAAUGUCCAUCCUCAGGCAGCUAGGACGGUACGACAUUCUAAAACGAGUCUAUAAAGUGGGCAGAAACGAGAUAGAAAAGAAGAUUCAGACAUAUAGACAAGUUCUCCCAAGAUUCAGAGUGCUGAUGGUUACUAUAAGCGACAAUCUCCAAAGGGAGGAUGUGGAGCAAAUAAAAUUUUUAUUAGGCAGGACUUUAUCCCAUGAAAAAACAGAAAAUAUCAAGACCUUCUUGGAAGUGAUGAUUGAACUGGAGAAGCUGGAUUCAGUGUCACCCGAAAGAGUGGAGCUUGUUGAGGACUGUUUACGAAAUAUUGGUCGGCUUGAUCUGGCCAAUAUAGUGGCUGCUUACAAGAUGUCAGGUGCAACAUCUGAACACUCAUGGCCUCCACAACACAGUGGUCAAGCUGCUAGUCAACCAGACCAGUACAACUUAAGGGCCGAUCAAAGAGGAGUCUGUGUUAUUAUUGACUGUGUAGGUAAUGAUGGAGGAAUGUUAGAAAACACGUUUAAGGCUCUCCACUUCAACGUUCUCUACCACAGCAUGCUGGGUGCUAAUGAGAUUUUCGAAACUCUUAAAGAAGUCUCUAAACACAGACAGAGUCGCAACGAGGAUGCUUUUGUCUGCUGCAUCAUUAGCCGCAGCUUAGAUGACAAUAUUCUGGGUACGGACUCGUAUGGUAGAGGUCUUCCUGUCAAAAACAUCAGAGAUCUCUUUUUGGGUGCCACUUGUCCUAAGAUGGUCGGCAAGCCAAAACUUUUUUUCAUCCAGAGCUACGUGGUUCCUGAGUCUGAUCAUUUGGAGCAAGACGACUGCGACAGCUUACCCAUGAGAGAAAACCUCCCCACAGAAGCGGACUUACUCUGGAGUCACUGCUGGACAGAUGAAAGCCAGCUGCUACAAGAGCAGCAUCACUCUGUUUAUCUAAAAGCACUGACUGAUGCCUUAAGCAAAGCCAAGAGGGAAACGGAUCUGCUUGAUGUUCAAAUGAAGGUGAAUGGAGCCAUUUAUGACCAUAACCAAAAACAUCCUGAAGCAAAUUACCAUUGUGAUGUAAAACACACUUUGAGAAAAAGUCUUUAUCUAGAAUAGAAAAGUGACAGAUACAUUCACUGUCACUAAGCACCUAAAACUGUGGCACUGAUCUCACUACAUGCCUUAUGAAGAACAUGUUUUCUGUGUGUAUACUGACCCCUAGUGGUUUAAAUGAAAGAAGACACUAUAGAGACAUAAUUGUUUAUUUCAGUAAUUUAAUUCAAAAAGUUAAAAAUCAUAUAUUAUCGAGAUUAAUUGUAAACAUGAUGAUAUACUGUAUUUCCAAAGUUUAAACCUGUUAGUUUUGAUAUUUGUGGCUUACGGCUAAUGAAUUCCUAAAAUUCAGUGUCUUAGAAAAUUAUAAGAACAAUAACACUGCAUGUUUAAUACAAAAUUAAAUUUGGGGUUUUUAUGACCUGUAAGUUAUAUUAUCAAAAUUAGUGACAACAAAAUAUCACUUUUUCAAUUUUUAUAACAAACUGUAUUCUUGUUUAUGUGCUGUAAUAUUUAAGUUUGUUUUCUCACCCACAAACUAUAUAUAUAUAUUAUGUGAUCAAUAUAACAUUUUUAGAUAUUUUUUGUAAAUGAAGGACUCCGGGCAUUUUCUCAUUCAUUUUUAUUUAUUUAAUUAAACUGAAAAAUAUUAUUUUUUAUCAGCAAGCAAAAAAUGUCAUUAAAAUUAAAUUUUACAUCAACUCUUAGUUGGUGGCUUAUAGCAAAAAAAAAAAUCUGACCUCAAAAUAAAGAAGUAAAAAAUAGAUUGUACACUAAGCUACCUUCAUAUCCUGUAGGGUUUUAAUCAUUUCAGGUUUGUGCUUUGCUAGUCUUCAUGAAAUCUCAAGUUAAAUUUUUAUUUAUAUAUGUUGUCGGGCAUGUUUUGCUCAUUUUACAAAGCCUUUUAUGUUUUUAUUCACUUUAUAUGAAAAACUCUAACUAAAAUGAACAUUUUUAACUAUUAGCUAAUCGGGAGCAUCCGUAAGACAUGAAUGAAUAUUGUCAGAUAUUUAAAACCAACAAACUUUUCUUGAUGAAACUGCUUUCAUUCAUUUUAUUGUCAUUAACUUUCAGUGAGGUCUUUGCUGAAUAUGAUAUACAUGGUAACCCUUCAUGUUGAUGUACAGUGCAAGGAUAGGUAAUUUGAAGAGAAAUUGGAUGUAAAGAUGUAAAUUCAAGGUAGUCCAAACAUGAAAAGCAUUACAUCAUAUGAAAAAUCUCAACAAAAAUCUUGGGCAGACAAAAAAAACAUUAGAACUGUUUUGAAAAUGUAACUAAGCUGGAAUUAUGUCAGACAAGUAACUGUUUUCUGUUACCUUGCUCUUCCUUUUACUACUUUGCAUUAUUUUCUCUUGUUUUGUUAAUUUUUAUAUCUAAAGAAAAUUUGUCAUUUUGUAUUUAUUUAGUACAAAAGUUGUAUUUUUUGUUUUUAAGUACAUUCCUGAUAUGUAGUGUAUUUGAUGUAUCUAACACAUUUGUUUGUACAUGUAGUGUUUUCAUUAACAGGACCUCAUGCUAGCAGAAAUGCAGGCUUCAAAUUAUGAAACCUUGUAUAAAUUAAUCCAGGUUUUGCAUGUCUUUUAGUAAAUUAUUACUCUGAUUAAUAAAUUACAAUUUAUUUAUUUAUUAUUUACCU